AUGGCAGGUGCCUGUAAUCAGCUCUUUGUGGGUGGUCUACAGUGGUUAAUACAUGUUGUUAUGAAGAUGUUAAGCUGGAAUAUUAGAGGAGUUGUAAGAUCUGAGAAAAAAAGACAGAUUAAGAAACUCCUAAUCGCUAGAAAGAUUGAAAUGGUUCUAUUUCAAGAGACUAAGUUAUCAAGUAUAUUAGAGGUGGAGGUCAGAAGGUUAUGGCAUAGGGACAGGUUUGAAUACAUGUCAGUGGAGGCUGAAGGAAGAGCUAGAGGGCUGUUAUGCAUUUGGGAUCCUAGAAUGUUUCAGUUGUCAGAUUGUUGUAGCAACAGAAAUUUUAUACUACUAUCAGGUACUUUUCAUAAUUCUUUUGAGUGUGUAAUCCUCAAUAUAUAUGCUCCAAAUGGUGUGGUGAAGAGAGGCAACUUAUGGGAGGUCCUGCUAAACACGAAAAGUAGCUUCUCAAAGCCUUGGUGUUUGGGUGGUGAUUUUAAUGAAAUUAGAAAUGUUGCUGAAAGAGUAGGGUGUUCAAGAAGGGAUAGGGAAAUGAAAGACUUCAAUGAGUUCAUAGAUAGAUGUGAGGUGACUGAAAUUCAGAUGCUUGGUAGCAAAUACACCUGGUCUAAUGCUCAUGAGGGGAUUAAAUGGAUUAAAAUUGAUAGGUUCUUUCUUAGCCCUGAAUGGAUUGAAAGAUUUAAGCUCAAAUUAUGGGGAUUAUCAAGAACCAUCUCAGAUCAUUGUCCCCUAGUACUUAUGGAGGAUGUGAGGGAUUGGGGACCAAAACCGUUUAAGUUCUUGAAUGUGUGGCUAUUGCAUCCUAAGUUUGCUUCUCUAAUGGUGAAGGUUUGCGGAGAGUCAUACAUUGUAGGGGAUGCUGGCUUCACUCUACAAGAGAAAUUACAAGCUCUAAAGAUGGCUUUGAAAUAG